AUGACGGCUCCGCCGUCCCCUGUCCCGGCCCCGCAGCUGCACCCUGACGGCCCCGCCGAGCCGCCCAGCAGCAGCCGAGCCGCCCAGCCGCAGCCGAGCCGCCAGCAGCAGCUGAGCCGCCCAGCAGCAGCCGCGCCGCCCAGCAGCAGCCGAGCCGCCCAGCCGCAGCCGAGCCGCCCAGCAGCAGCCGAGCCGCCCAGCCGCAGCCGAGCCGCCCAGCAGCAGCUGAGCCGCACAGCAGCAGCCGAGCCGCCCAGCAGCAGCCGAGCCGCCCGGUACCCGUGCCGCCCGAGCCGCCCGACCCAGCCCGAGCUGCCUGCUGCUGUCCUACCCGACUCUCCUAGCCCGGUGAGACUUUCAGCUGCUGCCAUGGCCACCCCCAAUGUUCUUACUUUUGACGCUGAGGGGAGGGCCAUUGACUUUGCCGUCUGGAUUGAAGACCCGCAGCUGUACUUACUGUGUGAUGCGAUAGAUGAGGUCUCUCUCUUUGACUUUGUCUCUGGCACUGUCCCUGCCCCGCCUGCUGAUGCUGACUCUGCUGCUCGCUCCAAGUGGGCGACCCGCGAUGCUGCUGCACGUCUUGCUGUGCGUCGCCACCUCCCUUCCUCUAAGCGUGCCCACUUUAGUCAGUGCAAGACCGCUCAGGCCUUGUACGACGCUGUAGUUGCACGCUACUCCUCCCUUCCUUCCUCCGCUACCCUUAGCCGCCUCAUGCUACCGUUUCUCUUCCCUGACCUCGCUUCCUUUCCCACUGUUGCUGACCUCGUUACCCACCUCCGCGCUAGUGACACCCGCUACCGCGCUGCCCUUCCUGCUGAGUUCCGCGCUGCCAACCCUCCUCCCAUGUACAUCACUCUCUACUUUCUCGUCACCCGUCUCCCUGAGUCCCUUCGUGUCGUUAGGGACCAGUUUCUCUCUGUCUGUCCCACCACUCUCACUGUCGACCUCCUUGAGGAGUCCCUGCUAGCGGCUGAGAAGAGUAUUGUCGCUGUAGGGGCCUCUCGGGCCUCUGCCGCUGCGGCCGACCUCGCUGGUUUUGAGUCGGUCGGCGCGGCGUCUGCCCCCAGCGGCAGACGCCGCUCUGGCAAGGGCAAGGGGGGCAAGGGAGCGGGUGGAGCUAGAGGGGGCGGUGGAGGAGGCGGUGGGGGUGGAGGGGGGAGUGGGGGUGGCGGUGGGGGUGGUGGCGGGAGUGGAGGUACUGGUGGCGGCGGUGGAGGCGGAGGUGGCGGUGGAGGUGGUAGCGGAGGAGGCGGUGGGAGCGGUGGGAGCGACGGUCCUGGUGGGGGAGGUGGCGGUGGAGACGGGGGUGGCGGUGGAGGCGGGGGUGGCGGUGGAGGCGGGGGUCGGAGUGGCUCGUCCCAGCGGAGCAGCUCUGGGGGUGGUCAGCGCCAGCAGCAGCAGCAGCAGCAGCAGCAGCACCAGCAGCCGCAGCAGCAGCAGCGCUCUCGCACCGUCCCCGGCCCUCAGCAGCUCCGUGAGUGGUACUUGCAGCGUCAGCGCGGUGGUGCGCUUGGUCCCUGCCCCUACGUUCUUCGCACCGGUGACCGUGCAGGGGAGAGGUGUGGAGGCGCCCACACAGCCCGUCGCUGCUUUGGCCGCCUGACCGACGCCUGGCGUCAGCAGUUUCCGGAGGCCGCUGAGAUCCCCCGCUGGGGAGAGCUGUCUAGGGCUGGAGUAGCUAUUUAUGAUCUUGACUUUGAUGCUAUUCUCUCUGCUAUGUAUGCUGUGACUGGUAGUGAUGAGGAUGACUGUUACCGGUGUUUCCCGCCCGACCCGGGCAUUGGUACUGCCGCGUCAGGUACUAGUGAGGCUGCUGCUCUAGGUGCCAGUACGUCUGUGCGCUCAGGUGCUGGUGAGUCCGCCCUCUCAGUCGACCGGUUGCGUCUGGCUGACCCCUCUGGGGGACCUGUCCUGUCUCGCUUCUCCACUGUCCUCCCGUGUCCGGCGGCCCCCUCUGGCACCCUGACUGGUCUCUACCUCCCCUCGUUCUCGACGAACUUGGUGAGUGGUGCUGACCUCCAGGAUGCAGGUGUCCACCAGUUCACCCCUGCUCGUCAGCGGGUGACCCACUGUACGGAGGCGGAUACAGGUCGUCACCUGGCUACGUUUACACGUCGGCCAGGGUCAAGCCUGUACACACUGACCACUACUUCUCCUCCAGGUACUGCGUCUGGUAGGGUCCCCUCGUCUGGUCAGGUGUUUUCUGCAGCGUCCAGGUCUGGUCCUGAGUCUGCCCCCUGUUUGUGUCGUCGUCUGUCUCACGAGACCCUCCUCUGGCACCACCGCCUUGGCCACCCCUCUCUGCUCCGGCUCAGAGGCAUGGCCUCACGGGGGCGCCAGCGUGCUGCCCCUCACUCCUCCCAGUUUCCUCCGACAGAGGCCCCGUUGCAGACGCUUCACAUGGACGUGUGGGGCCCAGCCCGCGUCCGUGGACAGGGUCAGGAGCGCUACUUCCUGCUGGUGGUUGACGACUACUCGCGUUACACCACAGUCUUCCCUUUGCGCAGCAAGGGUGAGGUCACUGCGGUGUUGAUCGACUGGAUCCGCGCAGCUCGUCUCCAGCUUCGGAGGAGCUUUGGCUCUGACUUCCCUGUUUUGCGUCUGCACUCGGACAGAGGCGGAGAGUUCUCCUCUGGCCUCCUGAGUGCCUACUGUCGUGCGCGAGGCAUCCGUCAGACCUUCACGCUUCCGGACUCACCACAGCAGAAUGGGAUUGCUGAGCGCCGCAUUGGCAUGGUCAUGGACGUCGCUCGUACGUCCAUGAUGCAUGCAGCUGCUCCCCAUUUUCUGUGGCCGUUUGCGGUCAGGUACGCUGCGCACCAGAUCAACCUCCACCCCAGGGUCUCUCGACCGGAGACCUCCCCAGCCCUGCUGUGGACGGGGAAGGUUGGCGAUGCGUCGGCGUUCCGGGUCUGGGGAUCUCGGGCGUUUGUUCGCGACCUGACUGCGGACAAGCUGUCCCCUCGUGCUUCUCCCUGCGUCUUCCUGGGGUUCCCCCCCGACGCCCCUGGGUGGCAGUUUUACCACCCCACCUCUCGACGUGUUCUGUCCUCCCAGGACGUCACGUUCGACGAGUCGGUACCCUACUACCGCCUCUUCCCCUACCGCACUCCGUCCCUCCCCCCUCCCCCGCUCUUCUUGGUACCAGGUCCCCCCCCGGUAGUCCCCCUCCCCCCUCAGGGUCCUGCCCCUUCAGGUGUGUCCCAGGUAGACGCGGUCGAGCCUGUCGAGGUCACUGGUGACUCUGGUGCUGCUGCGGGAGCUGAGCCUGGAGGUGCGGAGUCUGGGGGUGCUGAGCCUGGGGGUGCUGUGCCUGGGGGUGCUGAGUCUGGGGGUGCUGAGCCUGGGGGUGCUGUGCCUGGGGGUGCUGAGUCUGGGGGUGCUGAGCCUGGGGGUGCUGAGCCUAGGGGUGCUGAGCCUGGGGGUGCUGAGCCUGGGGGUGCUGAGCCUGGGGGUGCUGAGCCUGGGGGUACUGUGCCUGGGGGUGCUUCGUCUCGCCGGGAGCCACUCUCCCCACAGGAGCUGCGUGAGUGGUUUACCAGGCGCUGGAGGCGUGCUGCUGGUGCUGGUGGUUCUUCGCCUGCAGUAGGUACUGCUGCCGCGCGUCCCGACGGUGCUCGUACUGUGGGUGCUGGAGCUGCUCGGUCUGAGGGUUCUCCUGGAGCUGGUGCUGCUGAGGGUGUUGGCGCUGAGCCUGCCGCUGGUGGUCCGACUGACAGUGCUCCUGGUGCUGCUACUGGGGGUUCUGGAGCUUCUGGAGGUGCUGCUGGAGGUGCUGCUGGCGUGGGUGCUCCUGACGGGGUGGCUGGUGCUGUUCCUGCUGUUUCUGGUGUCGCCGUGCGGCCCCGACCGUACUUCGUUCCGCUCCUGCAGCAGGUUCUUAGUCUUGCACCUCCUCCUGCUCCCUUAGAGGGUCCACAGCCUGUUCGGUCACAGCCACAGCUACAGCCUGCCUCCCCUUUGCCUGCUCCUUCUCCCUACGCUGGUCCGACUGGAGGUCUUACUGAGCGUCGUGAGCCUGCGUCUCGUCCUGCGUCGCCUGUUCGUACUGAGCGCGCUAGUGGUCGCGGGUCGCGUCAGCGUCCUCCUCCUGUCCCUGGCACGCACCGGAUGUCACUGCGUCCGUCCACUGCUCCUCUGCGUGCCCCUUUGCCUUCUCCUCCUCCUUCCUCUCUUCCUGCUCUUGCCGACCCGGAGUCGGACUCUCUUCGUGCUGCCAGUCCUACUGUCACGCGUCUCCUUGCUACUGCUGUCACUGACCCUUCCUUCGAGUCGUCUGCUGCGUCUGCCCUUGUCACUGAGCUUGUCGACUUUGCUGCGCGCUGUCGUCUAGACUACGCUGCUCGUCUUGUCGCUGAGUCUGAGUCCGCCUGUCCUCCGUCCGUCGGGGGUGAGUGUGCCCUUGGCACGGACGUCCUAGAGGACAGGCAGGAGGAGUUACAGUGUCUAGCGGCUGCUUCACCUCAUCUCGCGUCUGUACUGCUUGCCCCUGAGGGAGACCCGGAUGCACUAGACAUCCCGACUCCGCGUUCUUACGCGGAGGCCGUAGAGGGUCCCUACUCCUCUCAGUGGCAGGCAGCUAUGGAUGCAGAGAUGGCUUCCUGGAAGUCCACAGGCACCUACGUUGACGCGGUUCCCCCUCCUGGGGCGAACAUCGUCAGUGGCAUGUGGAUCUUCAGGGUGAAGCGGCCGCCGGGCUCCCCGCCUGUCUUCAAGGCGCGUUACGUGGCUCGUGGCUUCAGUCAGCGGCAGGGAGUUGACUACUUUCAGACCUUCUCUCCCACCCCGAAGAUGACCACUCUUCGGGUGCUGCUGCACAUUGCCGCUCAGCGCGACUACGAGCUUCACUCUCUCGACUUCAGCACUGCGUUCCUGCAGGGUAGCCUGCACGAGGAGAUCUUGCUGCGCCGUCCGCCUGGCUUCACUGGGACUUUCCCUCCUGGCACCCAGUGGAGCCUCCGACGGCCAGUCUACGGUCUCCGCCAGGCACCGCGUGAGUGGCACGACACACUGAGGACUACGCUUGCGGCUCUUGGGUUUGCUCCUUCUACUGCUGACCCGUCGCUGUUUCUUCGCACCGACACUUCCCUGCCGCCGUUCUACAUCCUCGUGUACGUCGACGACUUGGUCUUUGCCACAGCGGACACUGCUGGACUCGCCUACGUGAAGUCCGAGCUGCUGAAGAGACACACGUGCACAGACCUGGGUGAACUGCGCAGCUACCUUGGCUUGCAGAUCACUCGGGACAGAGCACGUCGCACCAUUACCCUGACUCAGUCACACAUGGUGCAGCAGGUCCUUCAGCGCUUCGGCUUCACGUACUCCUCGCCUCAGGCCACUCCUCUGCCUACUCGCCACUCACUCUCAGCUCUGCCUUCGGAUGAGUCCGUAGAGUCGAGUGGUCCGUAUGCAGAGCUUGUUGGCUGCCUCAUGUACCUGAUGACCUGCACACGACCUGACCUUGCAUACCCUCUGAGCAUUCUUGCACGCUAUGUUGCUCCUGGGAGACACAGACCGGAGCACAUGGCUGCAGCGAAGAGGGUAUUGCGCUACCUGUGCAGUACGUCGGGCAUGGGGCUAGUGCUUGGAGGGCGGAGUCCAGUGGUCCUUACCGGCCACGCGGACGCUUCUUGGGCUGACGACCAGGCUACGCAGCGGUCGUCACAGGGUUACACCUUCAGCCUUGGUUCCGGUUCUGUCUCGUGGCGGUCUACUCGCUCGUCUUCAGUUCUCGGCUCCAGUUGUGAGGCUGAGAUCUACGCCGGGGCCAUGGCUGCACAGGAGCUUCGCUGGCUCACCUACCUGCUGACCGACCUUGGAGAGCCGCCUCGUUCUCCUCCAGUGCUGUACGUAGACAACAAGGCCAUGCUGGCCUUGUGUCGAGAGCAGCGCUUGGAGCACAGAACGAAGCACAUUGCUCUCCGCUACUUCCUUGCUCGUGAGCUGCAGCAGCGUGGUCAGUUGCGACUUGCUUACGUGGCCUCUGAGGCCAACACUGCUGAUGUGUUCACCAAGGCACUUGCGCCUUGUGACCAUCAGCGCUUUUGUACCCAGCUGGGUCUUGUACCUGUCUUGCCUCACUUGCUCUCUUCUUGA